AUGCCAGAGCACUACGAAAAGAAUGAAUGCAUUGGAAAAGGCUCUUUCGGGGAGGUAUUUAAGGGCAAGGAGAUUGCUACCGGAAGAAAAGUUGCGCUAAAACUCGUUGACUUGGAAAAGGCCGACGAGGAAAUCGACGUGAUUCAACGAGAAAUUAAGGUCAUGAGUCAAAUAUCAAACCCGUACGUCGUGCAGUAUUACUCUUCUCUUAUGAAGGGAUCUACCCUUUGGAUUGCUAUGGAGUACAUGGCGGCCGGGUCUUUGAAGGAAUUGCUGGAUGUCGUCGGGCCUUUUCCAGAAGAAUCAAUCGCUACCGUUCUGAAAGCCCUGUUCAAAGGACUAGAUUACGUUCACAAAGGGCACAAGUUGCAUCGCGACAUAAAGGCGGCCAAUAUACUUCUCUCUGAGAACGGAGACGUAAAGCUUGCCGAUUUCGGCGUUGCCGGACAAAUGACAGGGACCGUCCGACAACGAAAUACCUUUGUCGGGUCGCCCUUUUGGAUGGCACCAGAGGUAAUACAGGAGAGUUUGUAUGACGAGAAAGCCGAUAUCUGGUCAGCUGGCAUCACCGGGAUGGAACUCGCAAAUGGGAUCCCACCGUAUGCCACAGAGCACCCAUAUCGCGCCUUAUUUCUAAUCCCGAAGAGCGAACCACCUCGGCUUGAUGGGCACCAGUUUUCGCGGUCUUGCAAAGACUUUAUAUCAUUGUGUCUAAAGAAGAACCCAGUAGAGCGACCAAGUGCGGAUCAAUUGUUGGGGCAUCCGUUCUUGAGAAAAGCCAGGACGUCGUCAAUAAAGGAGCUUCUAAAGAAGAAGCAUCAAGCGACUAGUGUAGAACAGACCGAGAAGGUAAUACUUGGUGGCAACUCAAUUGGAUCAUCUAAUGGAACGUUUCGGCGGCGUGGCUCAGGGGCGAAUUCUUCGGUAGACGCACAAGAGAAUCCGCGGUUAUGGGAAUUUGACUUCGGGUCUCUGAACGACUCCCAAACAGACGGUAAGGACAGCGAGAAAGCCCCACAAGAAACCUCGGGGAAUUCAGAAACGAAACAAACGGAGGGAAACGUAGAGCAGGUCACUCCAAUACCGGGCAGCAGUGAUGAAAACGGGGAACAAGAUGAAAGCAGGAAACCGCGAGAAUAUGUUAAUACGAACGGCGAAGUACCUGCCCAACCUCCGAUUGCACCAGAAAAUGAGGUUUUAUCGCAGCUAAUCUUACCAGUGAUUUCACAAAUUCGGGCAGAUGUGGGUACAACCGGGUUGUACAACCAGUCUCUCAUGGCAAGUUUAGGGGCACUAGAGGUAGCUUUCGUAGACGCAGAAAGCGCCAGACCUGGUGUGUCUACUGCUUUGUUCGAGUCUUUGCUUGUAGAGGGACUGAAAUCGCCAUCACCGAAGAUUCGAGCUUUGUUAUUGAAAUGCUUCCAAGCGAAUGGAACUAAGAAAGUGUAG